AUGGCAUCCACAGCACAGCCUAGAGCUCCCUCCACGAGGGGUGCAAAGGCCAGACCUCAACGUGGCAAAAUCCCCAAAAUCGGCACUGGCAUGGCUAAGAAGGGCGAGCAGAGACAGCAAGCCAUACCAGGUCAACAACGUGCGUCCGGAUCUGUUGGAACCCCGGCGCCAUCCGAAGCCGAUGAUAUCAGUACAAAGUCUGGUGGCAUCGCUGCUAGCUCGACACAAAAGGCAAGCGGCAGUGUCCCAGGUGGAAAGACUGCCACGAAGGACUUUGGCUGGGAUGCCCAGGAGAAGGGAGAAAAGCUCAAAUCAGCUGGAGAGCAAGCCGGAGAGGGGCUACAGGAAAAAGUUUCCGAGGCUCCUGAGAACCUUCCUACAAGUCUCUCUGACUUAGAGGGACUUGAGGUUAGCGACGGGGGACAAAUACUGGAUCAGAAUGGACAAGCUGUUGGUCAGGUUGUAGAAGGCGAUCCUGCCGACCUGGUCGGGAUGACUGUUGGAGCUGAUGGUGAGAUAUUAGAUGAGGAUGGAGACCUCGUUGGCCGUGUCGACCUUUUGAGUGCACCUGAGGAAACAGCUGAGGAAAUAGCUGAGGGAACAGCCGAGGAAAGUACGGCAGAUAUCGGCCAAGCACCCAGCCUCGAAGCCGCCAAAGGUCUUCCUGUUACUGAGGACGGACGCAUUCUGAAUGAUGAUGAACAACCGGUGGCCAAGGUCGUUGAGGGUGAUCUCAGGAAGCUAGUAGACAAAAUUCCGAACGAGCAAGGAGAGAUAUAUGAUGAGAACGGUGAGCUCCUGGGCCGUGUGGAACCUCUUUCCAUGGAGGAGGCUACUGGAGCAAUUGAUGAAAAGAUGGAAGGUGCCGAGGAGCAGGUUGGCGAAAAGAUGGAAGGUGCCGAGGAACAGGUUGACGAAAAGAUGGAAGGUGCCGAGGAGCAGGUUGGCGAAAAGAUCGAAGGGGUCAAGGAGCAGGCCGACGAAGCCGCUCAAAUGGCAGAGGAAAAAGCUGGCGAGGGUGAAGCAGCAAUAGACGAAGCUGGUGCCGCCGCUGCCGAACAGUUGCCUGAUAUCUCUACCCUCGAAGGAUUGACGUGCAACAAAUUCGGUAGCAUUGUCAAUGCUGACGGCGUUCCCGUCGGUGAACUUAUCGAGGGAGACCCUAGGGUCCUUUGCCGCAGUGGCUUCCAGCUCGAUGAUCAGGGCCAAUUCUGGAAUAACCGGGGCAAAGUUAUUGGUAAAGCCAAACCAAUUCCUGUGGAAGAAAUCCCACCGGGCCCGUUUGCGGAUUUUGAUGACCUGUUUGUUGUUGAGGACGGCUGGGUUCAAGAUGCAAAUGGCAAGCGAGUAGGCAAGAUUGUUGAUGGUGAUCCGAAGAAGCUCGUCGGUCGAGCAGUCGACGACGAUGGCGAUGUGGUCGAUAAGCGUGGCAAUCUUCUGGGUCGUGCAGAACCCUGGGAGGAACCAGAAGAGCCUCCACCUGAGAAGGUCGACCUCUCCAUGCUCGAAGGAUACAAGAUCAAUAAGUACGGGAAUAUUAUGGGCUCUUCAGGUGUUCCCAUUGCUCGGGUUGUCGAGGGGAACUUGAAAACCGUCGCGGGACGAUCUGUAGACCAGGAGGGAAAUAUUUGGGGAGAUAGCGGAGAGGUUAUCGGACGGGUCGAAAUCAUUCCCGAGAAUGAGCGUGAAACUCGAGGACCCUUCAGCGGGUUCCGCGAUCUGCAAGUGAAUGACGAAGGGUUCAUCGAUGAUGGCGAUUCGGUGAUCGUUGGUAAGGUCAUAGAAGGCGAUCCGAGCACCCUUCGCGGCCUAACGGUCGAUGAGCAAGGAAAUAUAAUCGACGAAUAUGGAGAUGUGAAAGGUCGUGCUGAACGAUAUGAACCGCCAGAGGAAGAAGUGGAAGAGGCGGACCUCUCUUCGUUGGAGGGUAAAACUGUUAACAAAAUGGGCAACGUUGUGGACGCGCAAGGAACUGUCUUUGGCCGGGUUGCAUCUGGCUAUAUCAAGCAUAUGGUUGGCAAGAAGGUCGACGCACAGGGCCGUAUUUGGAGCGACAGUGGUAAGGUGAUAGGGCAGGCUGAGCUCAUUCCAGACAAUGAACAAGAACGAGAAGAAGGACCCUUUUUCGGACUCGAGGGCCUUGUUUUGACGAAGGAUGGCAUGGUUGUUGAUCCCGAGCAAAAGAUUGUUGGCCGGUUGGUCGAAGGUGACCCGCAACGACUUGCCGGUCGAGCAGUCGAUGAGGAUGGGGAGCUGCUUGAUAAGGCUGGAAAUGUUAUAGGCCGGGCAGAACCGUGGACCCCAGAGGAGAAGCAGCGCGACGUGAAUCCUAUGGCAGGCUAUAAGGUCAACCGUGAGGGUGAAGUUCGCGAUCGGGAUGGGAACUUGAUUGGCAAGCUGACUGAAGGGAAUCUCCAACAACUCAUUGGUAAAGAGAUUGAUGACAAUGGGUACGUAGUAGAUAAUGAUGGGAACAAGAUUGGAGAAUGCACCCUCCUCGAAAACUUGCCAGAGGAGGAGCCGGAGCCGGAGCCGGAGCCUGAGCCUGAGCUGUCUCCCGAGGAGCUCGAAAGACAGGAGAAAGAGAAACAGGACCGAGAGUUGGCAAAGAGGAUGUGCGCAAUCCUUCAGCAGACGCUCGACAGUGUGCAACCGAUCUGUAGACAGAUCAUGCAGAACAUAGAGAAGGCCCACCAAACGCCGAAAGAUGAGCUCGAUGAGGAAGAGUUGGUCAAAACGGUGAAACCGUUAAUUGAAGAAGCUGCCUCCAUGCUUCAAGAGUGUAAAGGUGCUCUACGGGCCUUGGACCCCACAGGGGAGGUUGCAGCGACAGCAAAAGCUCGCGACGCGGCUCAUGAAGCCACGCCGGAGCAAUACUCCUUGGCAAACCUGCUCAAAGAGCUCACCCAAACGGUCGUCGAGACCAUUGAAGAGGGACGCCGACUCAUUGCCGACAUGCCUCAUGCCAAAAAGCAUCUCAACCCUUUGUGGGCCUUACUGUCGGAGCCACUUUUUCAGAUUAUCGCCGCAGUUGGUCUUCUACUUACUGGUGUAUUGGGCCUGGUUAGCAAUCUUCUGGACGGCCUCGGCCUGGGCGGACUUAUUCGGGGGCUGUUAGGUAGCCUUGGGAUAGACAAGAUUCUGGAAGGCUUUGGCUUGGGCACUUUAACUGAUGCUCUGGGUCUAGGGGGGAACGCAUUUACAAGCCAAACAUAUCGAGAUGUUUAUCCAACAAUUGACCCUACUCGCCCCGAGCUGUCCCAGGCGGGAAAGGUGAUCGUUAUCACUGGCGCUAGCCGUGGUCUUGGACGUUUGUCCUUUGCAGCAUCAUUCGCCCAUGCCCAUGCAGAUGCGAUCAUCAUCUUGGCACGAUCCUCUAUCAAUUUGGCGGAGACCGAGAAGCUCAUUAAAAAUAUUAAUCCGUCAACAUGUGUGUUGUCUAUCGUCUUGGAUAUAUGUGACGAGGCAAAGGUCAAGGAAGUUUUUCAUAAGAUUAAAGAUCAAUUUGGCGUUCCCCAUGUCCUUAUCAACAAUGCAGCUGUACUUCCUUCGCAGGGGAAACUUACGGAGCAGAAUUCCAGUCAAUGGUGGGAGACCCAUGAGGUUAACGUCCGAGGGACAUAUAAUGUCACCAAGGCAUUUCUACAAAUGAUCGGACCCAAUCCUGCAAACCCAACAACGAUUAUCAAUGUGACAUCAGCCGCGGGUCAUAUUGUCGCCCAAGGAAUGAGUUCCUACUGUCUGACCAAGCUAGCCAUUACUCAGCUCACUGCAUUUCUGAAAAAUGAGUACCCCAGCAUUACGUCUGUUAGCCUGCACCCAGGCAUGAUCCUCACAGAUAUGGGCUCGAGUGUCUCGUGGUUAGAGCCGUUUAUGAGAGAUACUGCAGAAUUAUCAGGUGGUACAGCAGUGUGGCUGUCAACUGGAGACAAAAGCUUCCUGUCUGGCAGAUAUGUAGCAGCGAACUGGGAUGUAGCUGAGCUUGAGAGGAGGAAAGAGGAAAUUAUUCGGGAUAAUCUGUUAACUGAUGGAAGGUGUCCUGAGGAACCUCAACGCUAUAUACUAUCUGGAUUCUAUUUUGAUAGUGGCUAA